AUAUUUUGGCUGAGGUGGAUAGUCUCAAAAGCCUUGAAUUUAGUCCCUUUUAUAUAGUAGGAUAUAAGGGAUAGAAAAGAAGGUUGCGAGUGGCAUUCAAAUCUAUGAGAAUUCAAAGGCAAAGAAUGACGUGAAAAUAUAUAGAUAUCCAAAGGAGCGUUAAUGAGAUGAGCUCAUUGGUUAUUCUUUAUAAAUUUUAUGAUUGAAGCAACAACUCCUUAACGGAUUUGUCAAUGUAGUAGUGUUGACAACUCUUAGCUCCAUUAGUUGUUGUCCUUUACAUUUUCCAUUACACUACUACUACUUAUGUGUCAUCCACUUUUCUGUUGACAAAAGCUAAUGACAAUCUAAUCCUUGUCAGCAUCCAAUCCAUCAUGUAAGUCUUAUUUGGUCGGUCCGUUUAUUGAUUGGUUUGACAAAUUUGUGCUCAACCCUUAUUAAUCUUCUUGAUAAUUAUCAACAAGACCCUCUUAUUUGCUCUAGCAAAGAAUCUAUUCAACUUUGCCUGCAAGAUUACAUGAAUUGAGAUAUUACUAUGAAAACAAAAAAAAACACAUUAAACAAGCUGAAUCAAAACCAGAUGACCGUUCAAAUUACCAUCAGGCAUAUUCUCAAGAAAACCUCAAAUGAAACCCUAAAACUUUGGUAUAGUUGACCCUGCAUAGAAAGUGCUUUAAGUAGGUUUAUCAUAUACAUACAUACAUAUAUAUAUAUAUAUAUAUGAAAGCUAGUUAGCUCCUCCACCUAGUGAUGUAUACUAACUAAAAGAUAUAAUGGCACUUUAUAAAAUGCAAAUGAUGUAUUAUUAUUAGUACUAUAUAGGUAGUAGAGGAUGAUGUGCAAGGUAUGAGAAAGUGUUAGAAUAUAAAUAGUGGCGCAUAUAUAUUGAUUGUGUGUUAGUGAACUCGUGCGCUUGCUAAUUUUGACCCCAUUUACAUAGUUUAUAUUACUUUUGCGUACCUCAUAAGUUGAGAGACUUAGUGGAUGAAAUUAACCAGUAUCUUCUACCUAACCAAAGCUCUUUAAAUACUACUCUUUAACUAACAUCUCUUCUCACCACUACAAUACUCUAACUAAGCUGAUCCACCACCACAUACAUGUAUUAUUAUUCCCUUUUCAAGUAUCUUAUUACUUUCUCCUCUUAUUAGUGUUCUUGUUUCACCAUUGGUCUCGGUUACAACCAAACUCUUUCUUGAUCUCUCUCCUCUUGUGUCAUUAGAAAUCCCUCUAGUUGUAUUAAUUGUCCAUAGCAGAAUAAUGAAGAGCAUGGAGAAAUAUAAGAGAGUGAAGUUGCUUCUCAUCAUCUUUCUAGGAAUCUACUCAGUGGCAACGACCAGUGCAAGUCCAUGGCUGCCGAUGGAAGGAUAUAAUCCUGGUAGCUAUUGCUUAAGCUGGAGACUAGCAAUAGAGACCAACAAUGUACGCGCGUGGCGCACCGUUCCUAUUCAAUGUAUGCGUUAUGUUGAGGUAUACAUGCUUGCUGGCCAAUAUGACAGAGACGUUCAGUUAAUUGUGGAACAAAUUAGGGUCUAUCUCAGAGAGAUAGUCCUACCUGGAGAUGGUAUGGAUGCAUGGAUCUUCGAUGUUGAUGAUACUUGCUUCUCAAACGUCUUUUACUAUCGUCUCAAGAGAUACGGAUGUGACCCUUAUGAUCCAACUGGAUUUAGAACAUGGGCGAUGAAAGGAGAGUCUCCAGCAAUACAGCCUGUUCUUGAACUGUUUAACGAACUGAUAGAAACAGGUUUCAAAGUUAUCCUAGUAACCGGAAGAGAUGAAGAAACUCUUGGCCAGGCAACACAAGAAAAUUUGCAUAAUCAAGGCUUCACUGGUUAUGAAAGGUUGAUUAUGAGGACGCCAGAGAACAAAAAGCACAGCGCAACAAUAUACAAAACAACAAUCAGAAAGCAAGUGAUGGAAGAAGGUUACAGGAUAUGGGGCAAUGUAGGUGACCAAUGGAGUGACUUACAAGGAGAAUAUUCAGGGAACCGCACCUUCAAGCUUCCUAACCCUAUGUAUUUUGUUCCUUAAGAAUUUUACUAUAAACCAUUUUCUACCAAUCAAAUUACAUGUACAACAUGAUCAUAUAUACACAAAGGUACAUCUCGACUUGUCAUGUGGCGGUCCAGUUUGCUCUUCCGUGAAAUCAUAAUAACAACAUGAUUUUCAAAUUCA